GCUGGCCAGGGGGCGGGAGCUCGGAGGGCUCUCCUCCGGCCGGCCGCCGCCACCCCUCUCUUUCCUCAGAGGCCAUGGCAGCGCCGGGGGCCGGGCCGAUGCUCGAAGCCGCCGGUGCUGGGGCAGGAUCGGAGCCGGCGGUGGCUGCUGAGGAGAUAGAUCUGUCUCUGGGUAGGUGCAGCUCUCCACACUCGUCGGGUGUUGGUUGGGUGUGUCCUAGCGUCUCGGGGACCCACCCCACCCCAUGGACUUGCUCCGGAGCCGCAUAGGCUUUAUCCCCGCGGAGCCAGAUCCACUCUGGGUGCCCUUCUCAAAGUUGGGGUGGAGGGGGCUGGUUCCAGGUGAGAACCGCCCCUCCUCCCCCCAAAAUAUGCACUAUAUACCUUCCGUAUAUGGGGCGGGAGAGGCUGGCUAUGAACGCCUCUGAGGCGCAGAAAAUGUCCGGCCAGGGAAGGUUUGGCAAAGUUUGCAAAUUCCUUGCAGCCUUCUUAGGUGCCCAAAGUUGGGUCCCCACGGGGUCUAUACCUAUGCCAUUCCUGAUUCCACAGGCCAAUUGGCUUAGUUGAACCCAAGUGGGGUCUUCUCCCACAUCUUCUGCUUGACACCCCCCCACACCUGCAACUUCCUCUCCUUUUUCCGUUUCUCAGUAAAUCCCUCUCCUUUCACCAUGGACAGCCUAUUUUCAACCCAAACACUUCUCCCUCCUCCAUCCAGAGAGAAGGGAACCAUCAGUGAAAAGCAGAUGGCUCAGUGUGGACUGGUUGUCUGUAGCUAAGUCUUACUCAGAGUAGACCAAUUGAAAUUAAUGGCCCUUAAUUAGCCAUUCUAAUUAAUUUCAGUGUGUUUACUCUGGGUAUAUCUAGAUGCAGCCUGUUAGGUUCAAAUCACAGCUACAUUUUGGCUCACCUCACCAUACCCCACAGCAGUUUUUCCAAGCUCAAAACCCCACAGUCCAGCACGGACAUGAUAAACUGGCCCUCUCCAAAAAUAGAAGCUUGAUGUGAUGCCUGGUCUAUUUAUGGCAUUGACGGGCAAUGCAAAUCAUCAUUUCCUUGGCACAAGAUCUGUUUGUGCACACAAACAUCACACUCAUUUAUUCAGUCAGUGAUCUGGAAAUAUGCCCCUGCCCCGUCCAACGGAAUUACAAUGAAAGAAAGAGGAAAAUCUCUCCACUCUCUCUUGGCUUGCCUGGCUAAUUUGCCUCCCUAAAGCCCCCUCUGAAAAUAGGAAUGCUGGAAAUGUGCUCUCUGUUAUUCAGGGUUGGCAUUUGGGCAUCCACUGUUAUUUGAUCAGACUUAACUUAAUAACCAGCACCCAGUAUUUAAUGAUUCCCUCUCUGACGUUGAGUAUUGGGAGUUUAUGUUUGAUACUAUUACUGAAAACCAAUUCCUGGCUUCCUCUCAUCCCCACACCCCAAGCUGAAGGAUAUACAGCUUCCUUCAUUUUUUUUCCCCUUGAAGGACUUGCUUUUUAGGGGGGGUCUCUUCUGAAUACUUUCAAACUUUCUUGAAUGGUGGUAAUUAUUCACUUCAAGGAUCAUGCUAGGCUCAAUGGCAGAGUAGCUGCUUUGCAUGCAGAAGAUCCCAGGUAUCAAUCUCUGAUGGCAUCUCCAGGUAGGGCUAGGAAAUUCUGCCUUUACCCUGGAGUGAGAGUUCCCAUCAGUGUUGACAAUACUAAGCUAAAAGAAUCAGUGGUCUGGCUCAGUACAAGGCAGCUUCUUCCUAUGCUUCUAUGAGUACGCAAAUCAACUCAGUUCUCCAGGUAAGGAGCCCUUGCGUUCAGAGUAAAGCCAUAUUGAUUGCUUCUAUAUUGGUUCGACGAUGCUAUUAAUACAGCUCAGAAAUUGCCACGCCUGUUCAGUUUGUUGCUCACUCUGCUAUCCUUGCCUCAUUUAAUGCAAUACAUUUUCCCUAGUUGAAUUAAAAGAAAAUCAACCCUAAGAUAAAUCCAGAUUAUAACACAUGCCAACACUUUACAUAUUUUGGAUUAGGUUGUCUAAACAAAAAUAUUUUUAGCAGGUGCUGAAGAGUAUACUGAAGGCGCCUGCUUGAUAUGAGCAGGCAGGGAGUUCCAAACUGUAGAGGCUGCGACACAAAAAUAUGCAUUUCUUACAAAUGCAGAAUUGGUAUUAUGUGGCACCUGUAAUGGUGCCAGUUCUGCAGGUCAAAGGGGUCAACUGGGCACAUAUUGCAGAUAAACUGGUCCCAAGUUAUUAAGGGCAACUGGAAACUACCCUCUGUUUUGGAAUUCUGUUUUGGAAUACUUGGAUUCCUUAGAGCAUUAUUCUAUGCCACACUCUCCUUGCCCCACAUACUGAGGGUUAGCUUUCCAUCCUCUUGUGUUAAAAUGCUGGGAGGCCAACAUGAAACAAAAGAGAAGAUUUCCUUGACGUAUUCUGUGUGUGUUGGUUUCCCUAAUUUAGAUGACAUCAUAAAGCGCAACAAGAAAGGGCAGACAAACGCAAAGGAAAACAGAUGGAAGCAGCCGCUCAAGAACUGGAAUCCAGCCUAUAGCAACAGAAGACGUCGAUUCUGGGGCUGGGUACCAAGGAACCUGCAAGGUAUGUGUGAGAAGCAAUAGCAGAAAGAGAAGGUUUGGGAGUUGGCAAAAUUCAGGAAAUAAGUUGGUAGGGCUUUUUGUAACGGUUGGCAUCCUGAGAUAUCAACCCCUCCUUCAGCUUCAUGCAAGUACCUUUAGCUAGGGGUGACCAGAGGAGGGUACAUAAAUUGAACAUUAAAAUGAAUAUUAAAUAAUGAAUGAAUGAAUAUUAAAAUGAAAAUAAUGAACAUAAAAAGAGACAAAACGUUUAAGUGAUUUAUAGCACGAACUGGCUCCCAGUAUGACCUGAGCACAGCUCUUUCAAACUGGAGCACAGAACUAGGAAUACAGCACAACAAAGAAUCUCCUCCUUUCAUGGUUAAUGGGCCUUUGAUGAAGUGGGAAAAUAAUCUAUCAAGGUAGGGAUCAGUAGUGUUGUGGGAGAACAAGGAUCUGCAGAGGAGGGAUGCUCCUGAAUUGAGAUAGGCUUUUCAUGCUGGAGAUAGAUAGAUGGGGCUUGUCAGCCUGGGACAAGCCAUCUAGGAAAAGGAAAACUCUGAUCCUAAACAUCAUCAUCAUCAUUAUUAAAGUUUGUAUACCGCCCUGUACCCGCAGAUCUCGGGGAGGUUCACAAAAACAAAGACAACCAAAUAACCCCCUCCCUUCCAUAACAUAUUUUAAAAGGGCAUCAGAUGUCAAUCAGCCAAAGGCCUGGUUGAAGAGGAACAUUUUUGUCUGGUACCUAAAGGUGCAUAAUAAAGGUGCCAGCUUGACCUCCCUGGGGAGAGCAUUCCACAAGUGGGGAUCCACUGCAGAAAAAGCUCAUUCUCAAGUUGCCACCAGACCUCUCAUGGAGGACGCACACAGAAGGGUCUCAGAUGAUGAUUGCAGGGUCUGGAUAGGUUCAUAUGGAGAGAGGCGGUCCCUGAGUUAUUGCAGUCCUGAGCUAUUUAAGGCUUUAUAGAUUAAAAACCAGCAUUUGAAUUGGGAUUAGAAACUAGGUGGUAGCCAGUGCAGUUGGACCAGGAUCCAACUUCAACCAGGCCUCUGGCUGAUUAAUAUUCUACAGCCUUUUAAAUGUGUUUGUGGGGGGAGGUGCUAUUGUUUUAUUGUUUUUAUUUUAACUAUUUAUUUGUGCUUUUACCUUGUGAACAGCCCUGAGAUCUUUUGAUGAAGGGUGAUAUAUUAUUAUUAAUAAGACAAUAGCAAAAGUGCAGGUAAUCUCACAUACUCAUCCCCCUUUGGAGGAAGGGGCAGGGGAGAGUCAGAUGUGGCAAAUAGCAGAGAAACAUUGUUUUUAAUGAUAAAUUGUCGACACCUGAGGAUUGACGAGGAAUCACAUUCUGCAUGGUGUGUCUCUUUAGGACCCAGCAGGUUCAGAGGAGAGUUUCAAAAGCAGCAGAAUUACAGGAAGCCUUUCUGGAAUGGGGUGACCAGUCCCAGGAGGAGAGCAGCCCUUGGGCCAAAAGGCAUGAGCCCCCUAAAUCGGCCCAGCUUAGCUCAACAGGUAGGACUAUGGCAAUCUUUGCCAACUGAUACCCUCCAGGAGUUUUGGACGGCAGCUCCUAUAAACCCAGACAGCACAGGACGGAUGGGAGUUGUAGUCGACAACAUUUGGCGGACUCGAGGAUGAGGAAGGCUGGGCUUCGACAGCUGUUCCCCUGCCCAUGAUGCUUUAUGUUCAAGAAGCCAAUCCUGAGGCAAACUGUGCUAAUUUGUAGGUGCAGCAGGAAGAUGCUACCUUGGUUGGGAGCAGGGAUGGCACAACACCCGGUACCCAGCAGAGGGAUCCCACAAGGGUCAAUCGCUUUCGAAGGGCAGGAGCUGCUCCACCAACCGCCCAAAGGUAAGGAAGCUUGGUUUCAGGAGGAGUAGACUUCUGUGCAGGGAGGCAAACCUGAAUAAAAUAUUGGAGUGGGGAGGUAAGCCCUACUCUGCCCCAUUGAUCACAAAACGCAGCACAUGCACACCAGUUGAAUGGCAAUGCCCAUCAACUUUUGGGGGGAGGGGGCGAUCCCAUCAAAUAUUUUAUUGGAGGAGCCAAAGGGACCUCAACCCCUAGGAGCUAGCUCCUAUGCUUCCCUGUUCCCACAAAAGUGUGUGUGUGACUGCAGGCCACUUUGCAGGACACGGUGUCAGUUUUCGCCUCCCAAUCCUGGGGAGUCUGAACAUUUGCAAAAUCAAGUAGCAAAUGGCUGGACAAUUUUUCAACUGAGAUUCCAAAUUCAGCAAAUAUAUUUUUAUAUGUUUGGGGAGAGGGUCAGGAUCCAGAUCACCCUGCCACCUACUUGGACACGACGUCAUCGCCUUGUAACAUAGAAGAACAGGAGCCAGAGUUUUGUGUGGGAAUUUGGCUGAUGCUGGAAGCUGAACUGUAAGGCUGUGAUUUGCCUAGAACCACAGUGGGGAAGAAAGACCUGCCGGGGUGUGAGUGCUCUGAGCCCUCUGUCUUAUGCUUUGUAAAUGUAGCCAUACUUACUAAAGACACCACAGCCUACUCUGACCUUCAUUCCCUAGAAACGGAGCCCUGCGUAAGCACAGUCACUCCCGGAGUCUCGCCACUUGGAGACUGGCGUAUCUACCACAGUAUCUAUGGCUUGGGUGUGCACAGAAAUUUGUGUUAAUAUAGGGUCCUUUUAUUUCCCCCCAGUAACCAGCCUUUCCAGCUAAACCGAAGACCAGCUUUCUUCCAGAGGCAAUCCAGAUUCAACUUCAACCGAAGGGUGAGUUCUUCAUUGUCUUUUAUAUCAUGCUUUUAAAUUCUGGUGCUGGAGGAGACUCUUGAGAGUCCCAUGGACUGCAAGAAGAUCAAACCUCUGCAUUCUGAAGGAAAUCGGCCCUGAGUGCUCACUGGAAGGACAGAUCCUGAAGCUGAGGCUCCAAGAUUUUGGCCACCUCAUGAGAAGAGAAGACUCGCUGGAAAAGACCCAGGUGUUGGGAAAGAAGUGGUUUACAUCGUCCCUAUUGGGAAGACCUCUCUGAGUGCAUGGUCUGGAAGUUGGGCAAUAGCGGCAGUACAGGAUUCCUUUUGGUGUACCAACCUCCCCACUGUGCCAAGGAUUCCCUGCCCGAGCUGCUUCAGGUCAUACCAGAUGUUCUCCUGGAGACACCUAGUUUGGUUGUCUCAGGGGAUUUUAACAUCCAUGCCAACACAACCUUACAAGGGGCCGCUCGGGACUUCAUGGAAAGCAUGGCCUCCAUGGGGCUGUCCCUGAAUAAGUUUGUCCCAACUCAUAGUCACGGACAUGCCUUAGACCUGGUGUUCACCUCUAGUGACGUGGGUGAUCUGACAGUAAGCAAAGUGAAACAAAAGAAGUGCCAUGGUCAGAUCACUUCCUAGUGUAACUGGACUUCUCUGCAACCCUUCCCCUCUGCAAGGAGGUGGGACCGAUUUGGAUGGUCCGCCCCUGCCACUUAAUGGAUCCAAUUGGCUUUCAGAGAGUGGUAGGGAAUGUUCCAGAGAGUGGUAGGGGAUGUUUUAUCCCAUGUUGAUGGCCUUUCAGCUGAUUCCCUGGUGGAUUCCCUGGUGGAAUGCGGAGUUAACCAGGGCUAUCGACUCUCUGGCUCCGAGUGCCCUCUCCAAUUGCAUGGAGCCCGGACAGUCCUGUGGUUAUCUCCAGAGUUGAGGGCGAGGAAACAAUCACUGAGACGGCUAGAGUGCCAGUGGCAGAAAACUCAUUCUGAAUCAGACCGGACACGGGCUAGAGCUCAACGUCAAGUCUACCAAGUGGCAACGGUGACGGCAAAGAGGACCUUCUUCACCGCCUCUAUUGCAUCUGCAGAAAACAGCAGCAGGAGACUCUUUCAGGUGCUUCACAAUCUAUCGGAACCACCUUCGUCACCGGGGCCUGGUAGGGACCCCAAGAUCUCCUGCAAUGCUUUUGCAUAGCUCAGAUUUGGGAAGAGGUAGAUUCCACCAUGGGAGCAGGGCUGGGGCGGGAGAGUGCUAGAGUCCUGUCUAGUCAAGUUGCAUGGGAUCAAUUCCAAUCUGUUACCUCCGAGGAUGUGGACAGGCUGCUUGGAUGAGUGAAACCAACCACCUGUCUCCUUGAUCCUUGCCCAUCCUGGCUUAUAAAAGCUAGCCGGGAAGGGCUGGGCGAUGGGCUUCACAGGGUGCUGAAUGCUUCUUUCUGUGAGGGAGCCUUCCCAGGCACAAUGAAAGAGGCGGUUAUUAAACCGCUUCUUAAAAAAAACAUCUCUAGACCUGGCCAAUAUGGCCAACUAUCACCCAGUCUCAAAUCUUCCAUUCUUGGGCAAGGUGAUAGAGCAAGUGGUUGCUGAACAACUCCAGGCACGCCUGGAAGAAGCGGACCAUUUGGAUCCCUUCCAGUCAGGAUUCAGAACUCACCAUGGGACUGAAAUUGCCUUGGUCUCACUGGUCGAUGAUCUCCAGCGGGCUAGGGACAAAGGUGAGAGCUGUUUCCUAGUUCUGUUAAAUCUCUCAGUGGCUUUUGAUACCAUCAACCAUAACAUCCCUCUGGACUGUCUAGAGGGGCUGGGAGCUGGGGGCACUGUUAUACGGUGGUUCCGCUCCUUUUUCCUGGGCCGUGUCAAGAAAGUGGUGUUGGGGGGUGAGUAUUCAGACCCCUGGGCUCUCACUUGUUGGGUGCCUCAGGGUUCUGUCCUCUCCCUCAACUUUUCAACAUCUACAUGCACCCUUUGGGAGAGAUCAUCAGGGGGUUUGGGUUGGGUGUUCAUCAAUAUUCGGAUGAUACCCAGCUCUACAUCUCUUUCAAAUCAGAACCAGUGAAGGCGGUGAAGGUCCUGUGUGAGUGUCUGGAGGCAGUUGGAGGAUGGAUGGGGGCUGAGGUUAAAUCCUGACAGGACAGAAGUACUGUUUUGGGGGGACAGGGGGCGGGCAGGUGUGGAGGACUCCCUGGUUCUGAAUGGGGUAACUGUGCCCCUGAAAUACCAGGUGCAUAGCCUGGGAGUCAUUUUGGACUCACAGUUCUCCAUGGAGGCGCAGGUCAAUUCUGUGUCCAGGGCAGCUGUUUAUCAGCUCCAUCUGGUAUGCAGGCUGAGACCCUACCUGCCUGCAGACUGUCUCGCCAGAGUGGUGCAUGCUCUAGUUAUCUCCCGCUUGGACUACUGCAAUGUGCUCUAUGUGGUGCUACUUUUGAAGGUGACCCGGAAACUACAACUAAUCCAGAAUGCGGCAGCUAGACUGGUGACUGGGAGUGGCCGCCGAGACCACAUAACACCGGUCUUGAAAGACCUACAUUGGCUCCCAGUAUGUUUCCGAACACAAUUCAAAGUGUUGGUGCUGACCUUUAAAGCCCUAAAUGGCCUCGGUCCAGUAUACCUGAAGGAGCGUCUCCACCCCCAUUGUUCUGCCCGGACACUGAGGUCCAGUGCCGAGGGCCUUCUGGCAGUUUCUCACUGCGAGAUGUGAGGUUACAGGGAACCAGGCAGAGGGCCUUCUCAGUAGUGGCACCCACCUUGUGGAAUGGCCUCCCACCAGAUGUCAAGGAAAUAAACAAAUAUCAGACUUUUAGAAGAUAUCUGAAGGCAGCCCUGUUUAGGGAAAUUUUUAAUGUGUGACAUUUUAAUGUAUUUUUAAUAUUUGUUGGAAGCCGCCCAGAGUGGCUGGGGAAACCCAGCCAGAUGGGGGUGGUAUUAUCAUUAUCAUUAUUAUCAUCAUCCUCAUCAUCCCUUCCCCUCCUCAUUCAAUCUCAACAACAACCCUGGCCACCCACUCAGCUUCAUGGCUGAUGCUGGUCUCCUGGGUCCCAACCCGACACUCUCACCUCUACACCACAUUGGCUCUCAGUGAUCCAGUGAGGCAUGUGUUGCCAUUGCCCUCUGGCUUCAGUUGGCCCUGCAACCCGUUCUUAAAGGGGCAACUGUAAGACUGACCGGAUUUAAAAUUGCAUUGUGUUUUCCCUAAGUAGUCACAGUAUUCUACAAACAUUUUCUCUGUAAUCCUUACAACAAUCAUGUAAGACAGAGGAGAGGAUCUUAAAUAGUUUUUAACAAAUGUGGUUUCUUACUGAUUAUUUUAUUACUUUAUUCUUUUUGUAAUCUGUUUAGAGGUUCUAAGAUUUUGCAAAAUAAACAAGGAAUCCACUUUAAGCUACAGUCUGUGGAGAGCUUUGAUCCAUACUGUGGAACCAAGUCUCCUUGCUUUGGGAGUUUUGGUUUCUGUCAUGCUUGUUGUUCUCUUCCUUCUUACAGCAAACAAAGUCCAAUGUGGAGGGGAAGCCUUUAAAGAGGAGGAGGUAAGUUGUGGAAAGAACCCCCCUUUUCUGAAGGAAGAAAAAGCAGUGGUGGAGGAGAGAAAGUAAGGAUUGGAAAUAUGCCUUCCUGGCAUAACCAGAGCACCUGCUCUGUUUUUCCCCAGGUGGGAGCUUCUAGGGUUGCACUGACCUUACUUUGUAGGAGAAUUGUAGAGGGCACCUCAGUUGGAUCUUGAUGAGUGUCUGACCUUUGGAGCCUUCUCAAACUCCUCCAACGCUGGCAUGUCUUCAUCAGUCUGUGCUCCAUUCACUCCAGUCCUGCUGCUGCUGCCAGGAGUCUGGUUCUUUGCUUCCUCUCCCUGUCUCUCUUUCUCUAGGUGGCAGCCAGAACCCAAUCCUGGAGGUGUGCUGACCGUUUCUGUGUCUAACCCCCAAGCAAGUCAAGCAAGCAUGUACGUUAUGUUGCCUUGAGUGAAAACAAUGCCCAUUCUCUAUUGUGCAUCUCACCUUCCUGCUCUAUCACCCUUUCUUUCUUUCUUUCUUUCUUUCUUUCUUUCUUCCUUCCUUCCUUCCUUCCUUCCUUCCUUCCUUCCUUCCUUCCUUCUUUCCUUCUUUCCUUCUUUCCUUCACACAUUUAUCACCCUCCUUUCCCCCAAGCUGAUCAAGGUGGUAUGCAGAGUCCACACCCCCCCACGCACACACAUUUUAUGGUCACACAACAACCCUGUGAGGUUGGUUGGGCUGAGAGUGAGCCCAGCAAGCUUCCUGGCUGAGUGGGGGCUUGUACCCUGGUCUCCCAGUUCCUAGCACAGUACUCCAACAACUGUGCCACACUGGCCCUCGCUUUGGAUUUCUGGCCCACCAGGCCUGUGACACUUGCAGCCAGCUCCCCUUUCAGAGCCAGGGGCAUAGGCGAGGGCGGGCGCAAAAUUAGCUAGAAAUAUGUCCAUAAAUAUGUCUAUAAAUAAAUAAAAAUAUUGAUUAUUGCCUCAUAAGGAAAGGUUUUUAAUAGAGGGUGAAUUGAAUUGGGGGGGUGUUGGAGGAGAGAAGGAAAGAAGACCAAUGCAGGGGUGGAUGGUGCUCAUUGGGACUGGUAGGGUGAAGGCAAAGAGGCCAACAGUAGGUGGCGCCAGAGCCAAGGAGUGGCAGAGCCAAUGUGUUCUGUGCCUGAGAUGGAGUGCGAAGGGGCCGGCGGCCCUCAUGGACUGGCCAGAAUCCACUGGGCAAAUGCUCAUCUUCCAGAGUGUGGGUCUUCUGCCCUCAAAGUACAGAGCUUCUGCUGUUGCUCUCUCAGAAACCGUGCCCAGGUGGGACGUUUCGUUUUUCUUAGCUGCUUGAUCCCUGAGGAAGUUGUAGGUGACGCAACUCCGGCAUCUCUUACUUGGGAAGGUUUGGGAGAUGAACAAAUUCCACCCUUCUUCCUUGGCUCCAUGGAAAGAAGGCAUCUUUAUAUUCUGCGUGCAUUUCACAGGCCAGGACCCAAGCACCCCUUCCCAAGGGGGCGAAGAGGCCCAGAAAAGAUGAGCCGUUCCCAGCCCAAAGGUGUUCCCCUGAGAUUCAACUUCCGGGCUAUGGCUAACCAGGUUAGGAGCAGGAAUAUUGGGGGGCUUUUGGAGCAGAAAUAUUGGAAGCGGGAAGGAACUGAUGUCAUCUGCCAGAGCAGCUGGCUAAUUGAAGGGAAUGAGGUGAUAACAAGGCUUUCAAAUCUUAACUCUUGUUUGUAACCAGGAUAGAGGGAGGGACACAGGUGGCGCUGUGGGUUAAACCACUGAGCCUAGGACUUGCCGAUCAGAAGGUUGGCGGUUCAAAUCCCCGUGACAGGGUGAGCUCCCGUUGCUUGGUCUCAGCUCCUGCCAACCUAGCAGUUCAAAAGCACGUCAAAGUGCAAGUAGAUAAAUAAGUACCGCUCCGGUGGGAAGGUAAACGGCGUUUCCGUGCGCUGCUCUGGUUCGCCAGAAGCGGCUUAGUCAUGCUGGCCACAUGACCCAGAAGCUGUACGCCGGCUCCCUCGGCCAAUAAAGCGAGAUGAGCGCCGCAACCCCAGAGUCAGUCACGACUGGACCUAAUGGUCAGGGGUCCCUUUACCCUUUACCUUAGGAUAGAGGGAGGUGGAGAACAAGGGCAAUAUGAAGCAGACUCUGGGUAGUUGGUUCCUUUUCUUUUUUCGGGUUCCUACGUCAAACCAGCAGUUUAAAUGGCAACACUCCUUUGCAAGAUUGUCCGCCUUUUUAAUUGUUUGUCCGCCUUUUUAAUUGUUUGUAAUCAAGAAAAUGAUAAGUUGAUCAAGAAAAUGAUCAAGAAAAUGAUAAGUUGCCGCUGCCAAAGCAUUGUAUGCCAUCUGGCUGAAGACUUUUUGUUAAAGUUCAAUUGUGCUAAAAGUUGAACCUAUGCUGGGGGUGCGGUAGGGGGUGUUCAUGUGGCCACCUCUAGCCACCUGCUGAACUUAGGAGUGGGGAGGAAAGCCCUGUUCUUACCUUCUAAGCUUUCUCAUGCUUCAGAGGACCCACAUAAUGGUGCCCUGGGGGGCAGUACUAAAGAGUUCAGUUUAACUUGGAAAUUAGCCAAGCUUCCCCCCAAUUCUGGGGACAUUAGGUGUCUCCCUUCCAGUCCAACCCCCAGCUUGAACUGGGGUUGGGUGGACUCCUCAUCUCUUAACUCCUGGGCUUCAAAAUAUAGAAGGUGGGUUUUGUACCCUAUUACACAUGCCCUCAAGGAAACCAUUCCUGCACAUCAGAAUCUCUAGGUUUUGUGUUAUAACCUUGCCAUGGGCAGCUUUGUGCAGGAAUGUUUGAGUGUGAUGGAUUUUUCUCACUUCAGAGCAGGGUGUGUUUAAGCUGAAGGUCGCCAGGAACUCACAUGAAGAUUGUGGUCAUACAUGUGUUGUCUCCAAAGCUAAAUCUAUCUGUGUUCAGCAGAGCUGUGUAUUCACCAUUCCACCCCCUCCAAAGAAUAACAAGAACCUUAGCUUUCCUUUCACAGUGCUACAGUUCCCAGCACCCUUAACAAAUCAUUGUUCUCAGGACUUUUUGGGUGUGGGUGGGAGGAGAUGUGCUUUAAAUGUGCUGUGUGCUGACAUCUCCAAGCACAUGUCUGUGGGGAUUCAAGACUAACUCUUAUGUUUUUCUUCCUUAGACGAGCUUGACGUUGAACGAAAGGUUCUCUGGGUUGAGGAACACACGCCAUUUCACAGCGAAGCAGAACACAGGCCGAAUGGUCACUCUGCCAUUGCAUUCGGUGAAGUCAGACUGGCUUUGCAAAGGAGCUUGCCCCUGAAGCCAGUUGGUUGGUUGCCUGCCUCUGUCUGAGUGGCAGCUUGGCCACUCACAAAACGCAAAGAGACAGCCCCAUGCAACUUCACACUCAAAGAUUUCUGCCCAUGCUUCAGACAUGCAGCCCUAAGAGCAGCUCUGACUCCCACUCUAGGCCCCUCUGCCCCAGACUUCCUCCUGAUGUAGCCUACCGUCUGAUCCAGCUUUGAGGUGUGAGUCUGUAUGGCGGCUAGUACAGUUGUGUUUUUGCCGGAGAGCCAUGUGGUAAGGAAGAUCUCCAAGCAAGCUUCAUAGGGGCCCUCUUUAAUCCUCAGAUGUGCCCACAAAGGCAUGAUCAAGCACCCUCAUGCCACAGCUGCCUCUGGAGUGACCCUCCCUCCAGUAAGAGGCAUGCCUCACAGCUGAGUGCCUGGUUGUUUGUGUAGUGUGGGGGCAGGGAAUCUUGUGAGCUCCCAGAUAUUGCCAGAUCCAAUGGCCUUCUGCCCCAGCCAGCAUGGCCGACCGUCAGGGGUGAUGGAAUCCAACAACAUCUAGAGGGUCACAGAAUUCCCCAUCCCUGGUCUAGUGAAUUUGAGGUUCUUUGUUUCUCUCCCUCUGCCCCCUUUUGCCUGGAAAAGCACUUUGGCAGAUUCCUUUUGAUGAUUUGGGUGUGACAAGCUGUAACAGCGCGCUGAAUAAAACAACUUUUAGAAGCUGAAA